AUGGCAGCGGCGGUGGCUGCGGCUGACAGGUCCGCCAUGGGCCUGGACCUGGAGUUCCGUCUCCUCCAUGGGGCCGGCUUCCAGAUCCGCGCCCCCAUGGGUUUGACCUGGUGCUCCAUCUCCAUGGUGUUGUCUGCUUCCGCUUGGCCGUCCGCGUCCUUCUGCUGCUCGUCGAGGCUGCAAAGCAUGUUGUGGCUGUGGCAGGGGCAGCGUGUUCAUCUCCUGCCUUCAGGGCACCUACUGCAAAUACACCUUCUGGAGCAGGCUCCAUUAGUCGCUGAUGAUGUCACCAUAGAUGAGGCUGAGGAUGAGGAUGACACUCAAGGAGGUGAUGCUAGUGGAAGAUCUAGGCAGAGUAGGAGUGAGAAGAAAAGCAGGAAAGCCAUGGAGAAGCUUGGCAUGAAGGCCAUUACUGGUGUGAGCCGUGUAACUAUCAAGAAGAACAAGAGCGUUAUGUUUGUCCUCUCCAAGCCAGAUGGCUUCAAGAGCUCAAAGUCAGAUACCUACGUCAUGUUCGGGGAGGCCAAGAUUGAGGACCUGAGCACUCAGCUGCAGACACAAGCGGCGGAGCAGUUCAAGGCGCCGAGCCUGAGCAGCAUCAUCUCGAAGGGCGAGCCGUCCGUGGCAGCAGCCCAUGACGACGAGGAGGUCGAUGAGACUGGUGUCGACAAGAAAGAUGUUGAGCUCAUGAUGACGCAGGCCUCCAUGCCGAGAUCCAGGGCCGUGAAGGUGCUCAAGGCUGCGGGCGGCGACAUCGUCAGCGCCAUCAUGGAGUUGACUAACUAG